GGAUUUUGCGGGGCAGGGAAUUUGGAUAUGGGUCUCCAAUUUUUCAGUUCCAUGGAGAAAACUGGGUGUUUGCCUAAUGUGGUUACGUGUAAUACAUUGAUUGAUGCAUACUGUAAAUUGAGGAGGGUUGAUGAUGCAUUCGAGUUAUUGAGAUCAAUGCCACUGAAUGGUCUGGAACCAAAUUUGAUUUCAUAUAACGUGAUCAUUAAUGGUUUAUGUAGAGAAGGGAGGAUGAAGGAGACUGGCGAGGUUCUUAGAGAGAUGAACAAGAAGGGUUUUGUUCUUGAUGAAGUGACUUUCAACACGCUAGUCAAUGGUUAUUGUAAGGAGGGUAAUUUUCACCAAGCGCUUGUCUUGCAUGCAGAGAUGGUGAGAAAUGGAUUGUCACCUAAUGUGGUUACUUAUACUUCAUUGAUCAACGGCAUGUGUAAGGCUGGAAAUAUGAAUCGAGCCACAGAAUUUUUAGAUCAGAUGCGUGUUAGAGGACUUUGUCCUAAUGAGAGGACAUAUACCACAUUGAUUGAUGGUUUCUGUCAACAGGGACUCAUGAGUGAAGCUUAUCGAGUUUUGAAUGAGAUGAUUAAGAAUGGAUUCUCACCUUCCAUUGUGACUUAUAAUGCUCUUGUUAAUGGAUAUCGCAUUGCAGGUAAUGUUGAAGAGGCUUCAAGAGUUGUUCAGGAUAUGAUUGAGAAAGGCCUUGCCCCGGAUGUAGUGACUUAUAGUACAAUAAUAUCUGGAUUUUGUAGAAGUCAGGAUAUGGAUAAGGCAUUUGAGGUGAAGCAUAUGAUGGUUAAAAAAGGUGUUUUACCGGAUGCCAUCACGUAUUCGUCAAUGAUACAAGGCCUUUGUGAGCAGAGGAGACUGGAUGAAGCUUGUGAUCUUUUCCAAGAAAUGUUACAUAUUGGUUUGCCUGCUGACGAGUUUACUUAUACUGCCUUAAUCAAUGCAUAUUGUGUGGAAGGGGAUUUAAGUAAGGCUCUUCAGUUGCAUAAUGAAAUGAUGCAAAAGGACUUCCUUCCUGAUGUUGUUACCUACAGCGUGCUUAUUAAUGGACUUAAUAAACAAGCUCGAACAAGGGAAGCA